CCUGGAAGCUUUAUCGUCCGUGACAGCAGCAGCCAUGCAAACUGCUUUGCCUUAUCUGUCCGUAUCGGCGAAGGCAAUGUCAAAUGCCUCUCUUCAGGCAUGCUUCUGCCAUCCGGUGGUAUUUCUGGCUCCGGUAGUGGGGUCGGCUGCGGAAGUAAUAACAGCAGCACUAGCUUUGGUCAAUUUGAUGGACAUCACUUCCUACCGGCUACACCCUCUUCCAUAAGUGGAAUUAGCCAUUAUCUUGUAGAGCGGACGGCUCAAGGGUUUAAGCUCAAG